UUAAAAGCAUGUCGACACCCGCCGAAGCGGCGACGACGCUUGUGUUUGUCUGCACAAGCAACACAUGCAGGUCCCCGAUGGCGGAAGCGUUGGCCAAGCAGUGGAUUAAGGAAUGCCACCCUCGAGCUCCCAGCAUCAAAGUCACCUCCAUGGCCCUCUCCGACGAGUACGAACCCCCCGGAAGUCCGGCAUCGGCGCACGCCGUCACGGCCAUGCGCCGUCGAGGUCUCGACUUGACGUCGCACCGAUCUCAGCUCGUGAAUGACGCCUUGAUUGCCCAAGCAGACAUCAUUGUCUGUGUGACUGCCAAGCACGAGCAGCUCCUGCGGAAACGCUACCCGACCACGGACGUCCCGAUUCAUGUGUUCCCACAAGAUAUUCCUGAUCCAUGGCAUCAAAGCGCAGCGGAAUACGAAGCCUGCGCGAUGCAAUUGCACGAAGGGAUCGGCACCCUGUUGCCCUUGCUUAACUUCUAACGUAACGUUAAGAAAUGUACGAAAAUAAUCUUCCA